CAUUUUCGAAGGCUUUUGUCAGCAAUUUCAACAAAAAUCGCAGCAGACAUUUUCAUUUUCAGGGGUUUUGAAGAUCCACAUAAAAUCGAGCUUGCCAUUGAAUUUUGUUCCUCUCUCAUCUUGAAUGGUUACGUUGCAUAUCUUCUAUAUGAUUGUAGCACAUUUUGGAUUAUAAUCCAAAACCCAAAUCCAAAAUUUCCUCCAAAACCUCAUCUAUGCCCCUCCACAAACCCCCUCUCCCACGCAUUCUUCUCAACAAUGUCUCUUGCAUGCAUAAUGCCCAGACUGUGCUCCGCAACAUCAAUGUAGCUGUCCGCGACUGUAGUGCACUGGUGCUGACGGGCGCCAACAGGUCUGGCAAGACCACAUUCCUCCGCAUGCUUGCCGGAUUCUCCCGCCCAUCUGCAGGCGAGAUCCUAUGGACUGGCCAUGACAUCACGUCGCCUGGUGUGUUCGACCAAUACAAGCUCCAGCUCAACUGGCUAUCAUUGAAGGACGCCAUAAAGGAGAAGCUCUCAGUUUUAGACAACAUCCAAUGGUUUGAAGUGCUUGAAGGGAAAUGUGGGAAGGCGAGGGGGGCACUCGAGUUGAUGGGCCUUGGGCGGCUUACAAAUGAGAAGGCUAGGAUGCUUUCGAUGGGCCAGAGGAAAAGAUUGCAGUUGGCAAGGCUGUUGGCGAUCGAUCGGCCGGUUUGGCUACUUGAUGAGCCAUCAGUGGCAUUGGAUGCAGAAGGGGUGAGGCUGUUGGAAUAUAUAAUCGCUGAUCAUUGGAAGAAGGGUGGGAUUGUUUUUGUUGCGACCCACUUACCGAUUGAGAUCGAGGAUGCAAUGAGCUUGAGGCUGCCACCAAGAUUUCCAAGGAGGAAGACAUUGGUGGAUUUGCUGGACUGAAGCAGGAGAAUGUUUAUUUAUCAGGCCAUUUAAGAAGUGUAAGAGUUCAACUAGUAAUCCACAUGAAGUUCAAUGAAUAAUGCAUGGGAUAAAAGAUUGGAGUCAAAAUCAUGUGAUACAUACACUUGAAACAUUUCUUCAGUUUAUAAAGAGAUUGUUUCCCCUGUCAGUGGAUAGAAAACCAUUCUCCUU